AUGCGCGGCCUUAUGCAAGAAACCCCUUUAAACGUAUGCCAGAUUCUUGACUACGCUGCCAAAUGGCAUCCCGAGCAGCUUGUGAUAUCAAAGAGCGUGGAGGGCCCCGUCCUCUCCUACUCCUACGCGGAGCUUCACAAGCGCGCCCGACUGUGCGCCAUCGCCCUGGGGCAGCUAGGAGUCAAGAAGGGAUCCUUCGUGGCUACCUUGGCUUGGAACACGUCACGGCACAUGGAAGCGUGGUACGGCAUUAUGGGUUGCGGAGCGAUCUGCCACACGCUAAACCCGCGCCUCUCGGUCAAGGACCUCACCUACGUUGCGCACGACGCCAAGGACGAGCUGAUCAUUGCAGAUGCAACUAUGGUGCCGCUUCUGGAGAAGGUUCUGCCCGGGGUGCCCUCGAUCCGUACUGUCGUACUACUGACGGACAGGCUGAAUAUGCCGUCCCCGGCUGCCCUGGCUGCGCUGGUGGGCGGUGGUGGUGUUGGCGGCGGCGGCGGCGGCGGUGGCGGCGGGGGGCCGAAAGGGCUGUCGGUGGUGGUCCACUGCUACGAGGACUUGUUGGGGGGUGCAGCUGCCCUCCCUGGAGCGCUGGAGGCGUUCUGUUGGGCCCAGUCACAAGGCCAGCAGGGCGUACUUUACUCGCACCGUGCAAAUUACCUGCACGCGCUGCUGCUGCUCCAGGCGGACAGUCUGCCCCUCUCCGCCUCCUCCUGCUGCCUGGCCGUGGUCCCCAUGUUUCACGCCAAUUCCUGGGGACUGGUGUUCGCGGCGCCGAUGGUGGGUGCAAGAUUGGUGCUGCCAGGCCCCCAUCUGGACGGUGCCUCCAUCUACUCCCUGAUGGAGACGUACGGCGUUACCGUAUCAGCCGGAGUACCAACCGUAUGGUUGGCGCUAUUGUCGUACUGCGAGGAGCACGGUCUUACAUUAUCCACCCUCCGUAUCGCGUGUAUUGGGGGAGCGGCGGCGCCGCUGAGCAUGUUGGAGGCGUUUGAGAUCAAACACGGUGUGGAAGUACGGCACCUGUGGGGUAUGACCGAGCUGACUCCCCUGGGUACGGUAGGCAAUCCCAAACCCGCAUCUACCGGCGGCCGUACACGGCCUGCCAGCGGCCUCGCCGCCACGUCAUCGCCCUCGCCAUCCGCCGCCGCCGCCGCCGCUUCUUUCCGUACUGCCUACCUGGGUGCCAAACUGAAGCAAGGUCGGCCCCACGUGCUGUGCGACAUGCGGAUAGUGGACGAUGCUGGGCGGGAGCUGGCGCACGAUGGCAAGACGGUGGGGCAUCUGCAGGUCCGUGGGCCUGCGGUGGUUGCCCGUUACUUCAAGUCCGACAAGUCUGCGGUGAACGGCGACAACUGGUUCCCCACGGGGGACGUAGCCUCCAUCGACCCCUUGGGCUACAUGACCAUCACGGAUAGAUCCAAAGAUGUGAUUAAAAGUGGCGGGGAGUGGAUCAGCAGCAUCGAGAUUGAGAACCUCGCGAUGGGCUGCUCUGGAGUGGCGGAGGCUGCAGUGAUCGCCAUUCCAGACGACCGGUGGGGCGAGCGGCCGCUGCUAGUGGUGGUGCCACGUCCCGGGUUCGAACCCGACGCGGAACUGCGAGAUUCCAUUCUCAAGUACCUGUCCGAGCGAUUGGCCAAGUUCGCUGUCCCCGACGACGUGGUCUUCGUGCCCCAGAUUCCCCACAACGCCACAGGCAAGGUGUCCAAGCUCACACUGCGGGACAUGUUCAAACACCACCGCGCACCGCCGCGCCCCAAAUUGUAA